UGGGAAGCAGUGUCUGAUCUGCACAGCUUCGGGCAGGGGGUCUCACUCCUCCCCCAGGGAGUUCCCACACUGCAGGCGGAAGCAGAGGGAUCCUCUCUCCAGCAAGGAGAAACCAAAGAUGUCCAGAGAUAUGAAGGGUAAUAGUACAGAGCAAGUGCCGUUUAUGGAAGAAUGGAAAGCACGGAGAGAAAGAAUGAGGCUACGGUCAACUUCUAGUCUUGCUGGCAGUAAGUCUGUAGAGAUCCAGGUUCAACAAGAAGCGGAACGCCAAACACAUACCUUGUCCUCAAAUAUUGGACAAGCAUGUGAUAAAGAUGCAGCUUCCAACAAAGUCCAGUCUCCAGCUGCUUUAGAUGUUGAAGCCCAUGAUCCAGUGUCUUCAAAAACCAAGGAGAAAAAAGGCAGUCCACUGAAGAAGCAUCGUACUCAGAUUGAAAAAAGGAAACUCAGGGAGAAAAGAAGACCUACAGGAGUAGCUAAUAUGAUUCAAACAGUGGAUCCUGAGGAAAAUGAAGAUGAUGCAAAUGAGGAGAACAAAGAGCAAGAGACUGUAAUACAGAGUCAGGAGAAGUGGAUAUCAGAUGGACCUUGCACCAACCGAAAUUCGGAGGCCCAUUUGAAUGAUUCUACUUCAGAAAGUACGGAUGGAAGCUUGAAAACAAGGCAAUCAUGGAUGGAAGAACUUCAAAAGGCAGUUAGAGAAAAGAGACAAGACAAUCACAAACUGACCAUUCAACUCAAUGACAAGGAGGGGUCUAUGCUACUACUCCAAAAGGAGAUGAAGACCUUAAAUCAGAAAAUGAAGAGAGCUGAAGAUGAAAGCAAGAGGUUGAAGGAUGAGAACCAGAUGCUGCUGAAGAUGAUGGGCCAGUUGAGCAGCCAAGACUCAAGACUAUCAUAGCUACUCAACUUCUUGAUGCUUUCUCAUCAAUUGACUGAAAUUUUCUCACUAAAAUAAUCAGUUAAAUUAUUGACUGAUUAAUAAGUUAUUCAUCCACAAGUUACUUGCUACAAAGCCAUUUACCAGGGACUGUAACACAAUGAUGAAGCUAGAAGCUGGGGUAAGAAACAGGUUUUAAAUGUGAUGAAGGAGAAGAUUGGAACAUUUCUGGUCCAUGUAGGUGUGAGUAAUAUGUGAAAGAGGAUGCAAAGUUAAAGGGGUAUUCCCACAAUACUAACUGAUGGCAUAUUAUUAGGAUAUGCCCUCACUAAUAUAUUGGAGAGAAUAUGACUGCUGGGACCCUCUCAAUCCUCAAAGUUAAAAGCGCUGGUGCUCCUACACAGAUUGUCCGCUCUUGGCUACCCGCUAUGAAGAGAACUACAAAGCAUCCCCAUUCACUUGAAUAAGGCAGUGUUGCAGUUCUUUGCACAGCAGGUGACAGAGAGAGCCACUGUGUAGUGAAUUAGCCGAAGGGACCCUGGGCCCUUAGUUGUUGUGAUUGGCCCAGGUUUCAGAAGCCAGAUCCCACCAAUCGUAAUGUUAGUAGCAUACCAUUCUAGUGAUAUGCCGUAACAUUACAAGAAGGGAAUACCACUUAAAUGCAUCUUUUGUAAACUUUAAAAUACUGCUCCACACCGCUCUUAGUUUGUAUUUAUUAACCUAGGACUCUGAAAUUACUGUGCAUGCUUGGCUGCUUAAGCAUAUAGUAUGAGUUUUGUCUUCAUGUAGUCUUUCACCGUCACUGACGAUUAAAAGGCUAAUUUUG